AUGAACACGGAGAUAGGUAACAACCACCAAUUGAAUCAGAAUCCGAGAAAUUCAACAAACAAAGGAACUGCACAACGUCAAAUGCACUUCUACAAUAACAGUCGUAUAUCUCAAAACAAUAUACGAGGCUCACCAUCAACGUUCAAAAGGCAUCUAACUAAUUAUAGUACACUGGGUGAUGAUGCUAGAUAUUCAAACAAUAAAAGACAACGACAAAAUAGUCAGGACAAUGCUGAAGAAAUUUAUGAUAAUGAUGAACGUAUUGGCGAAUGGAUUGACCCGAAUGUUCAUCAUGGUUUUACGUUUAAUGAUAAGCAAGCCGAUAAUGAUCGAAGUCAAACCCUUAUUUCCAAACAAGCGAUCAAUUAUGCAACCGAUUGUCACUACCCACCGAUCAAAAUUAUAUGUACACCUAAAAUUCAAAUUCAAAAUCAAAAUGGUUCCCAUUUUGUUCAAACACUUAUCAAACACAUUGAAAAGAAAUUUAAAAACGAAAACCCCACAUGCAACAAACUGUUAGCUUUUGAAGCAUGGUGGGUAAAUGCAGAAGGCGAUAUGAUGAUAUUAACCAAAUGUAUGGAAAUAUUUAUUCACUUAUGUAUAUUAUCGAAUUAUCCACAUGAAAUUAAUACUAUAAAAAUCGAACCACAACUGCCAAAAUAUCUACCACCGCCAUUCUCCGUAUUGAUUAAAUUUGUUCAUAACCACAUCUCAAUUGAUGAAAUUCGACAGGAGGUAAAAGGUAAAUAUAGUUCACAAUAUUCAUGUAAUGAAUUAAUAGGAACCAAAACAAAUCGAACAAGACACGUUCGAAUCGACUUUACUGAACGAAACGACUAUAACAGCAUACUCAAAAAUGGACAAAUAUCAUUUUUGAGUCAACUCUACACAGUGAAUGAAUUUCUCGAAGCACCAAAAUUACUCAUUUGUUCCAAAUGUAACACGCCCGGACAUAUGAAAAGACAAUGCCAGCUAAAUUAUGAUCGAUGCCGUCGCUGCGGAGGCGACCGAAUAACGGGCGAUCAUAAUGAAUGUACAAUCAAAUGUCAUCAUUGUAGUGGUGAACAUGUAUCCACAGAUUAUAAAUGCCCAACUCUAGCUGACUAUAGAUGCGAACUUGUUAAAGAACUAAAACGUCAUCCUGAACAUUUACCGGAACAUGUACAACUAUUUAUACCAGCUCAAUGUCGUGAUAGAAAUGACCGAUCUCAUAUCAUUGCAAACUAUCAAAAAAAUGAACAAAAAAGUAGAUCUACAUUUAAUUCAACAUUUAAUAUGAAUUCCCACGUAUGGCCUCAACCUAUUCCUAGUUCACACACAACUAAUAAUGAAACGAUAAUAACGCAAAACAUUAAUGAAGAAAUUAAAUUGAUGCGAGAAGACUUCAACAAAGAAUUAAACAAGCUGAAUGCAAAAUACGAAAAACAAUUAAAGGAUUCUCAAGAUCGUUGGUACAUAGUUGCUCAACAAAUUAAAACACAGAACGAAAUGAUCAAUAGCAUGUCGGCCACAACUCUAUCGUGUAUUUUCCCAAUAGGAAUAGACCUACUUAGAACCACAUCGGAAGCUAUAAAAUCACUUCACAACAACGAACAAAACGAAGAAACGAAAAUCAAACUUAAUGAAUCAGCUGAAAAACUACAUUUACAGAUGAAUAAACUGUCUGAACACUUUCAUAUCCUACAACAGUAUCAAGAAAAGAUGUCCUUAUUAAUGAAGAAACAAACAACAUCUUUAAUGGAAGCAAUGAAAUCACCAUCACAUGAUAAUGAAUAG